AUGGCUGGCACAAAGAGAACAUACGACGGCAUGGAGAUUGAUCCUUAUUCUUCGUCUCCAGGCGAAAAUGCCUCCCCAUUCAUCCUAAUGUUUGAAUCGUUCCGUUCUGAGCUUGACGAGCACCAUGACCGGAGGGAGAGGAUUAUUAAAGUGUCGAGAGAUGUGACUGCUCAGAGUAAGAAGAUCAUCUUUGCCCUCCAAAGAGUACGGGAGCUAGGCCGCCCCAUCCACGCCUCGAUAUCCAAGCAGAUGACACCCAUGUACUCUACCAUCCGAGACCUACUACAACGCAUCGUGCCGGAUCUUCAAGGCAUCAACGCCCACCGAUAUCAAAGCAACAUCUCGGGCGGAAUCCAGGAGUUCAUGGAAGCCGUGUUGUUCGAGCACUACCUGACUACGCAGCGGGUGAUGAGCUUCGGGAAUGCCGCAAAGCAAUUGCCUGAGGGUAUUGCGCUGACGUACGAAGACUACACGCUUGGCCUGUUCGACAUGACGGGUGAACUGAUGCGAUUUGCUAUUACUUACAUGGCGACAAAUGGGCAAUUACCUGGGGCCAAGGCUAACAAUCCUAAUUCCUCGAUUCUCAAUAACAUGCAGCUCCUUCGUAUUGGUCUGGAAGGCCUCGACCCUAGCGGCAGCUACGGCCUGUCGAGAGACUUUGCGCAGAAGCUCAAGACGGCGAAGAACUCGAUCGAGAAGGUCGAAAAUGGUGUCUACAGUAUGAUUGUUCGGGGAAAAGAGAGGCCUAAGGGUUGGAGACCGGAUACGUCUCUGGCAGAUGCACCGAGGGAAGAAGAGUAG